UCAUGAUUUAUGCGAUUUUGGUUUGGUUUAAACGUAAUCAAACCGGUCACAUGUGACAGCUUUUAUUUUUCUAUUUAAAAAUGUUCUUCUUUUGAAAAUGAGCGGCUUCAACGGUUAUAACGGAUAAUACAGAGACAAAGAACUCAAAAAUAGGAAAAAGAAGAUUUACAGAGACGACUUUUUGUUCUUGGGGAAGACUAAAGGUACAGAGAAUACGACGAGAGAGGAGGGAGGGGGCUCGACGAUGAAGCUCUGGAAACGAGCUGCUGCUGCGAUAAAAGACCAGAAAAGCUUAUUAGCCGUCGGAUUCUCACGGCGAGCUUCAUACCGGAACACGGAUCUCGAAGCAGCCAUCAUCAAAGCCACCUCCCACGACGACUCCUCCGUCGACUAUUCGAACGCUCAACGCGUCUACAAAUGGAUCAAAGCCUCUCCUCUCAACCUCAAAACUCUAGUCCACGCUCUAUCCUCCCGCGUCAACCACACGCGAAGCUGGAUCGUCGCGCUCAAAUCCCUGAUGCUUCUCCACGGUGUAAUCAGCUGCAAAGUCCCUUCCGUCGUCGGAGAGAUUCGUCGUCUUCCUUUCGAUCUCUCCGAUUUCUCCGACGGACAUUCAUCUCUCAGCAGAACCUGGGGGUUCAACAUCUUCGUUCGAGCUUACUUCGCUUUCCUUAACAGCUACUCUUCCUUCACAGCCGAUCAGAUCAGCCGCACCCGCGCGAAUCUACGAUCUGACAAAGUCGAUUCCGUGAAGCAACAGCUUGAUAGGAUACAAAAACUGCAGUCUCUUCUCGAUUUGAUUCUUCAGAUACGUCCUAUUGCCGAUAACAUGAAGAGAGCGUUGAUCCUAGAAGCCAUGGAUUGUAUCGUCCUCGAGAGCAUCAACAUUUACGGUAGAAUAUGCAGCGGAAUCAUCAAAAUCCUCCCGGCGGCCGGCAAAACAGACGCCGCCAGGAGUUUAAAGAUCGUCAACAAGGCGACGUCUCAAGGAGAAGAUCUCGCUAUGUACUUCGAAUUCUGCAAAGGCUUUGGCGUCUCAAACGCGCGGGAUACGCCUCAGUUUGUUACUAUACCGAUGGCGGAAGUCGAAGCAAUGGAGAAAAUGGUCAAAAGCGUCGAAAAAGAUGAGCAAAAGCAAGAAGAAGAAGUCGUGGAGAAAGCCAUUGUACUGUUGGAGAAACCGAGAUUGCAGACGAUCAUAACAGACAAAUGGCAGACUUUCGAAGACGACGAGUAUUGUUUCAGCGAAAAAGCGAUUCAAGAAUAUCAUCAAGAUCCUCUGCCUCUUGUAGUAUCGAACCAACCAGUUUGUUACACAAUGCCAGAUUUGAUUACGUUCUAGAGAACGUUC